AUGAUAGUGGUCUUUGAGAAGAGUGAUAAUGAUGAUGGAGGCAAUGUAAUGGGAUGGAAUAGUGAUAUAGGUCUGGUUUUCACAUGGAAUACACCCUACCCUUUGCUUGCGGUUGCGCAAGAGCCGCCCAAGAGACUGGCGAAGAUUGUUAACCAAGAUACACAAGUCAACAAAAAUGCUUUCGACAACAAGUACAAUCACAACGCUCAACCUUUACCCUCGUAUUCUCUAAACUUGGUUGCUCAACUUGAUGAACAGAGAGAGAUUGAUCACUGUAUCAGAUCUCAGAAUGAAAACUUGAGAAUUUUGCUGCAAGAGCAGAGGAAAAAGCACAUGGCGGAGUUAGUGAAGAAGAUGGAAUUGAAUGCUCUUCAAUUGUUGAGACAGAAAGACGAAGAAAUAGUGCAAGCAACGCAGAAAACAACGGAGUUGAAAGAAUUUUUGAGAAGGUUGGAAAUAGAGAAGGAAUCGUGGCGAAAGGUGGCUGAGGAAAACGAGGCAAUGGUAUUGUGUCUUCAUAACAACAUAGAACAGAUGAAGGAAAGAGCAGUGUAUGGGAUGACAUCAGAGGAUGCAGAGUCGUGUUGCGAUGAUAACAUGAGAAUCACGGCAAUGGGGGAAGGUACAGGAGAAAAGAGAGUGUGGCGUGGUGGGGUAGGAGAAGUCGAACAAAUUGGGAAAAUGACAAUGGAUUGCAAAUGUUGUAAUUCUCAAAAAUCGUGUUUUAUGUUUCUUCCUUGCAGGCAUCUCUGUUCGUGUAAAACUUGUGAGCCUUUUCUGCAAGUUUGUCCUGUCUGUAGUACGCCCAAAAAGUCUAGCAUAGAGACUUUAAUUGUAUGA